CCACAGAACACUCGCGAUCGCCGCCCGGCCUCCACGCGUACAUCGAUCAGACCCUCUGAUACGCAGAGUGACUCGAUACGAUUACAGAAAUAAUAUUCAUAAUAUUACACGCAAAAUAUUGUAAUAUUACAACAAUAAUAUUCAAAUUAAAUAGAAUUUGAAUAUUCUGCUCACUGCAUUCUUUUUCUAAUUACAAUCGAACACGAUUAUUCUUAAUUUAAAUUGUUGCACUUGUUCUUAAUUUAAAUUUAAUGUAAAUAACCUCUUGAUUCUAAUUGGAACUUUUUUGUGACUUUAUGAUUUCUGAAUUUGAAUUUGGAAGCAAUUAGUGAUUCUUGUGAAUAUUUUAAAAUUAUUGAACGAACUUUUUAAUUUCGAAUUUGGAACUUUAUUGUUUUUGAACUUUGUAAUUAAUUUAGGAACAUUGUUGUGAUUGUUUUUUGUUUAAUUGCAACUGUUUGGUGAAGAAUUGUAGUGUUUUAGUGUGGAAGAGAUUCGAGUAAACUGAGAUGACCCCGAUGGGCCUUCUGUUUAAAGUGAACAGCGAGGGAUUGUUCACAAGUCCAGUGAAUGCUACGCCAGUCGACUACGCCAAGAUAUAUCCAGACCCGGAGUCUGAAAAGGCGAUCAUGGGUUCUGUGGUGUACUGCAUCCACCACAAGGAAGGAUGCCAGUGGUCGGAUGAGCUCCGUAAACUGAAGGCACAUCUUAACACGUGCAAGCACGACGCGGUGCUGUGCGCGGCGCAGUGCGGCGCCAUGAUCCCGCGGGUGCUGAUGCAGGACCACCUGCGGUACACGUGUCCGCGCCGCCGCGCCAACUGCGAGCACUGCGGGAAGGAGUUCUCCGGGAGUGCUUUAGAGGAGCACCAAGGGAACUGCGGCCACGAACCGGUGUACUGCGAGAACAAGUGCGGCGCGAAGGUGCAGCGCCGACACACGCAGCAGCAUGUGCAGCAGCACUGCAGCAAACGGCUCGUGCCCUGCAGACACUGCGGUCAGAGGUAUACGCAGGACACAGUGUCGGCGCACGGGGCGAUGUGCUCGCGCGCGCCCGUGCCGUGCCCGCAGCGCUGUCUGGCGGCGCCCGCGCGGGACGAGCUGGACGCGCACCUGCGCGACCACUGCCCGUCCGGCUCCGUGCUGUGCACCUACAAAGACGCUGGAUGUCGUUUUAAGGGUACAAGGCAAGCUCUGGAAAGGCAUACAGAAGAAAGUUCCCAACAACACUUAGCACUGGUCUCCGCUUUGGCCACCCGUCAGGCGAGGCAACUGGAGUCCCUCCGAUCGGCGGUCGCGCGACUGUCGGUCAACUACACCGGCGCGCUGGUGUGGCGCAUAAGCGAUUGGGCAGCCAAGAUGGCCGAGGCCAAGUGCAAAGAUGGCGUCGAGCUUGUGUCACCCGCGUUUUAUACGAGCCAAUAUGGAUACAAGUUGCAGGCGUCACUAUUCCUAAACGGCAACGGAGCAGGCGAAGCUAGCCACAUGUCAGUAUACAUCAAGAUCUUACCCGGCGAGUACGACGCUCUUCUGCGUUGGCCCUUCGCUCACACCGUGUCCUUCACACUGUUCGACCAAAGCUCCAGUCCAGACAGAGCCUGCAAUAUAGUCGAGAGCUUCGUCCCCGACCCCACAUGGAAGAACUUCCAAAGGCCAUCGAAAGAGCCAGACGCGUUAGGAUUCGGCUUCCCGAGGUUCGUGUCACACGAAAUGCUCAAAAAACGCAACUUUGUCAAAGAUGACGUCAUGUUCCUCAGGGUCAAAGUGGAUCCGAGCAAAAUAGUAGCCGUCUAAUCGUGCUAAUACAACCGGGUGCAUUAUACGCACAAUAAAAAGUCACUGUUAUUUAGUAUUAGAUAAUUUAAAAGUCAUAGUUUUUUAAGUUUUUGUAAAUAUUUUUUUUUAGAAUAGGUACUAUUUUUUUGAGUUGUCGCGGGCAUUUUUGAUUUGUGAACGUCGAGUGGUGAGAUCGUAUGAUGGCCUUUACAAGAGACUGAUAAUUAUGAUAUUAUGGUGUUAGUGGAGUCUUGCUGCCAAAAAUUAUAAUUGUUUGAUUACAAUAUUUGACUAACUUU